GCUAAAGCAAAAGCGAAAGUGAAUGCGUCUGGCGGGCGGCCGGUCCCAGAGCUGCACUCGCCACUUUACCCGGGCCGGGACAUUGCACUCGUGGCUGUCCCGGGGCGUCCCGGCGGGGCACCGCGGGACGUGCGGCCAUGGCCCGGCGGCGGCUCCGCGACUCUCGAGUCCCCGCCCUCCGCGCGUUGCUGCUGCUGCUGCUGCUCCAGCCGCCGGUGACGCGGGGCACCACGUGCCCCACCCCGGUGGCUGUUGAGCAUGCGGAUAUCCGGGUCAAGAGUCACAGCGUGAACUCCAGGGAGCGGUACGUCUGCAACUCUGGUUUCAAGCGCAAGGCCGGCACCUCCAGCCUCAUCGAGUGUGUGUUUAACAAGACCACAAACACCACCCACUGGACCACUCCCAGCCUCAGGUGUAUCAGAGACCCCUCCCUGAUUCACCAAAGGCCAGUGCCUCCCUCCACAGUAGUGCCGGCAAGGGUGACCCCACAGCCAGAGAGCCCCUCCCCUUCUGGAAAAGAAUUUCCUACAGAGCCAGCAGUUUUAUCCCCCAAGCCAGACAUCACAGUGGCCACAGAGACAGCUAUGGUACCAGGCUCCCAGUUGAUGCCAUCCCAGCCACCCUCGGCAGGAACCACAAGCAUAGGCAGCCAUGAGUCCUCCCAAGUCCCAUCCCAGACAACAGCAAAGACCUUGGAACUCACACCCGCAAACCCCCACGAGACACCAGAUGCUACUGCAUACAGCUCCAGAGAGACCACUGUGAUCAUCUCCAUAUUCGUCGCAUUGUUUGUAGUGUACUUGGUGUAUGCCCUGGUGAAUCACAUCAAAUUAAGGCAAACUUCCCAGCCAAGUGCUGUUGAAAUGGAGAAUUUGGAAGUGAUGCCAAUGACUCGGGUGAGUGGCAGCAGAGAGGAAGACUAGGGAAACUGCUCCCCCAAACUCUGAAACUCCAGGAAACCAGCCCAGCAAAGUAUGGAGCCAAGCAGCCAGCUCUGCUUUAGCUGAAGAAGACCCGGAAGAUACACAGGGAGCUGGGCACCAGAAAAAGUCCACCAAGAUCAUCAAAAGUGAUGACCCGCAUGGACGUGCCCAGGCACCGCUUGUCUGAGUGGUGGGUUCUCCAGUGCCUGGACAGACUCCACUGAGGGACCCGGGGGCCUGCUUCCCAGAAUGCAAGCUACUGAAGCACUCGUGGGAGGCUGGAGGGCUCAUGAAGGCUGCUGGUUUCACUCACACUGACCCAGGACAGUUCUCUGCUGGACUCUACUCCGUCCCCAUUCCGACUUGUAGUUUACAGAGGACAGGAGUCCACCUGAGGCUUUCAGUUCAUCCCAAGGAUCCUCCUGGCUUGGGAGAUGUCUGCAGGGAAGACCCCCGCGUUCACGCUCCUAGCAACCCUGUCUCCAGCCUUCGGCAUGCAUUAAAAGGGAGCAGGAAAGGCAGAACGGAUUUGGAGAGAAAUCUGAACUCGGUGGCAUUUUACAUACAUGUGUUUUUUAAUUUAUACUUCUUUAUAUGUUAUACCGACAUAUUAUAUAUGAUUUGUAUUUUGAAAGUAUGAUUUGUAUUUUGAAAGUGUGCUUUGUAUAGACAAAAUAAAAUAUCUAUUUUCAAUAUAAAAAAUGUACUGAAAGAAUCACCAACGAGAAAUGUUCCACAAAGGAAUGAAGAAGACAAAGAAUGGGAAUGUGGAAUCCAAAAUGAGUGUGCUCAAGUUUUCUUUGUGUGUGUUACUG